ACCACCAGAUCUUUUGCGUCUUCUCUAUCUCUCUAAAAAAAGUUCCAACUUGCCGCUGCUGAUACUGUAGGCGGCAACUACACCCGUUUACGCCUCUCUCUCUCUCUCUCUCUCUCUCUCUCUCUCUCUCACACACACACACACACACUUUUGACUCUUUCGAUUCGUUAAUGGCGGCUCUUUCCCUUCCCUUCUCAUUUUCUCUACUCAGGUUCUAGUAAAACCUCAGCUGGGUUUUGAGGGUGAGUGAUGGAAGAGCCGGGGCAUCUGAAACGGGCAUUGAUAGAUACUACGGCGGGGGCAAUCUCUGGUGGAAUAUCGCGUACAGUAACGUCUCCGCUGGACGUUAUUAAGAUUCGAUUCCAGGUUCAAAUAGAACCAACUACUUCCUGGGCUUUGCUUCAUAAGGAUGCGUAUAGACAAUCCAAAUAUACUGGGAUGUUACAAGCAACUAAGGACAUCUUUAGAGAGGAAGGAUUGCGGGGUUUUUGGCGUGGUAAUGUCCCAGCACUCCUCAUGGUUAUGCCCUACACUGCCAUACAGUUUACUGUGUUGCACAAAAUCAAGACAUUUGCAGCUGGUUCUUCCAGGACAGAGGAUCACAUUCAUUUAAGUCCUUAUCUUUCCUAUUUAAGUGGGGCAUUAGCAGGAUGUGCAGCUACUGUUGGUUCUUAUCCAUUUGAUCUGCUACGUACUAUUUUAGCUUCACAGGGUGAGCCAAAGGUGUAUCCAAACAUGAGAUCUGCGUUGGUUGAUAUCAUUAAAACUCGCGGUUUCCGUGGCCUUUAUGCUGGGUUAUCACCGACAUUGGUUGAGAUUAUUCCCUAUGCUGGCCUGCAGUUUGGGACCUAUGAUACAUUCAAGCGCUGGGCGAUGGACUGGAAUCGUUUCAGAUCUGGUGGAAGUGUGGCUGAUGAAUCCCUUCCAAGCUUCCAGCUUUUCAUUUGUGGGUUGGCAGCUGGCACUUGUGCUAAAGCUGUCUGUCAUCCUCUUGAUGUGGUCAAGAAGAGGUUUCAGGUAGAAGGGCUAGCGAGGCACCCAAGGUACGGAGCUCGAGUGGAGCAUCGCGCGUAUAAGAACAUGUACGAUGCGCUUUGUCGGAUUUUGCAAAAUGAGGGUUGGGCUGGCCUCUACAAGGGCAUUGUCCCGUCUAUCGUCAAAGCGGCACCUGCUGGUGCUGUUACGUUUGUUGCUUAUGAGUAUACAUCAGAUUGGUUGGAGUCCAUCUUGACUUGAAGUUGAAGCUUAUAUGAUCCUCUAUUUUUUGGCACAUUUGAUCUUGUUCUUUUUCUUUUUCUUCUUGGUUGAUCCUUUUGGAUUCAUUUACAUUCUUUUAACCCUUGUAUGUUAGGAGCCUCAGAGAGAGAAAGGGGUACUUAUACUACAGUAGUUUUUUUAGUCAUUUUUUAUAGACCAAAGUUAUAUAAAUUUUGUAGCAGUAGCAAAUAGUUGGAGAUGAAAAUUAGGGGUCAAAGACACUGCCAAAUGCAACUCUUUCUGAAUUUGUUUCAUAUAAUGGUUAAUAUUAUGGUUCUCUCUCUCUCUCUCUCUCUCUCUC